UAAAUUAUAAUAAGAAAUGCAUGCACGCGUCUAAGCGUCCUUAUCCUAUACCUAUCUUACAUCCUUAAGCGUUAUUUUACCUGUUGCAUUGAGAGUGAAAGUGAAAGUGUGUAUAUGGCAUAACAAUUGUAGUACAACAGUUCAAUAUUAGUUCGUCAGUCAUUAACAAACUGCACUAUGAGCAAUAAGUCAAUUGUAAUAAUACUCUUAGUGUCAAUACUGAUAAACUUUUCCGACAGCGUUGUGAAACGAUGUUUCAGUUGCCGUUCCCGUGGCGAUUUAGGAAGCUGUAAGGAUCGAUUUAAAUACACCAACCUCACACAGAUCAGCUUAGAACCCGGUAUUGGAGUGGAAGCUGUGCCUUGUGCCUCGGGAUGGUGUGGGAAAAUAAUUGAGACACGAAAUUCUGAUGCCAAAGAACAAGAAUUCGACACUGCUACACAAAGGACGUGUUUACAAAGAGGACCUUCAGACGGAGAAGAACGUUGCGAUGAUACUAUGUGGGAGUAUAAAAAAGUUUUCAUGUGUUUUUGUCACGGUGAUCUCUGUAAUAAUGCACCCACAGUUUCCAAAAGUUUUAACUUCUAUACUUUAACGUUAACUCUUGUAAUCCCUAUCAUAUUUACUCAAUUGCUCAUUUGAUAGGUAUUUUAAUAAUAAAUAAGUGAUUUCCAAAACUAACUCGUAAAAUAUUUUAAAAAAAUAUUACGUGUAAAU